AAUCCAUGCUGAUCUACUGCCUUUGAUAAAAGAAACAAAAGAUAUGAUCAAAGAAGAAAUAGAAAAGAAAAAGGAAAAAUUCCUGGAGACCAAAGCUUUCCUUGAUGCUAAAGACAAGCUAAAAAAGAACAGAGUUCUAGUCAUCAAGGGAAACACAGGAGAUGGCAAAACUUCUACCGCCAUUCAACUCCUUCAUUGGCUGAUAGAGGAGCAGCAAUGCAGAGAACCCCGUCAGCUUUUUGACAUUAAGGAUUUUGAAUUGAUGACUUCUAAUUCUAAUCUUGUCACUUUUAUUGAUGAUAUUUUUGGUGAGGAAGAUGUAGGUAGAAAUGAUGUACAAGAGUGGAACAAAAGGCUCAAACAUGUACAAAAGGUUUUUGUUGGUGAACAAAUCCAGGCCAAUUUUCUCCUCAUUACAAUUCGUAAUGAAAUAUUUAAUGCUUUGGAAAAGCGUUCUUUGGGAGAAAUUUUCAUUCAAGAUAACAUCAUUGAUCUGAGCUCAGGUGAGUACAGAAUUGCAGAUGAAAAAAGGAAACUUUUAGAGAUGUAUAAGCCAGACAAUUUCUCAUGGACAGAGGAAGAAAUAAAAAACAUUCUAUCUUAUGCCCCAAAUAUUGGAUUCCCAAAAUGUUGUCAGCUUUUCUGCGAGUCUAAUGAUCAUGAGUUGCAGAAAACACGAAGUGAUUUCUUUAUGAAGCCUGUCAAAUUUUUGAAAGAAGCAUUUUCAAGGUCACCAGAAUGUUCUGCCAUUUUGUUUCUGUUCCUCAAUGGCGGGGAGAUAAAGGUAACAGAUUUAGACCCAAAUGGUGAUAAAGUAAACAAAACAUUGUUAGAGGAAGCAUUUGAUAUUGAUUUGGUUGAUGGUGAAGAUGACAGAACUAAAAUGUCAUGUAAGAAAAAGGUAGGAUUUGUGAAAAAAAGUUUUGAAAGAUUACUAGGAUUUUUAGUAAGGAAGGAGAAACAUCGAUUGUCUGGUGAUGAAAUGUACAAAUUUGAUCAUGAUUCUGUACAUUUCACAGUAGGCCUUUUGUAUGGAGAGAAAACCCCAGCUGGUUACAUAAAGAAUUGUCCCAGAAAUUUCCUUUGUUAUAUAACAACCUCAAAAACAUCUGAAAAUGUGGUUGUCAUAUCAUCUGAUGAUUAUACAGACAUGUGUAAACGUCUGCUCCAAGAGUUUAGGCAUGAGGUGCGCAUGGCAGGGGUUAGAGUUUUUAAUGGCCCUAAUGAUUUAUCCACCACGAUGCACCAUUUUGUUAUGAGAAAUGGUUUUGAUGAAGGAAGUAUUAGUAUUGGCUCUCUAGAUGUAUGGAAAGAUCCUGUCUUUCUUGAGGGAUUUUUCGAGUUGUUAACUGAGAGAGAAGUUAAUAAACUUGAGGUGCUCAAUAAAGCAUGUUACCUCUGUGCUGAAGAAUGUGCUUUAUAUCUUCUGCGUAAGGGAGUCAAACCUGACAAAGACACAGAUUGGUGGACAUUGAUUACAAGGGGUCUUGUGUAUGAUAAGGGAGAUGUGGAUGUACUUAAGAAAGUUGUUAUAUACCUGAAUGAUGAGAUAAAAGUUGACUUGUUAAAUAAAGCAUGUCGUUAUGGUUCAGAAGAAUGUGCUUUAUAUCUUCUGUGUGAGGGAGUCAAACCUUAUAAGGACAUACUGUUACAUGUGGCGGAGAGUGGGAAUGUGAACCUGUUCCGUAAACUACUGAAGUAUGACGUCACUCUAACAGUCAGGGAUAAUGACAAUAACAAUGUCCUACAUGUUGCAUGUCAAUGUAACAGAAGAGAAGAGAUGGUGUCAAUGCUGUGUGAAGAUUAUCCACACUUGCUACAUGACACUAAUCAUGCAGGACAAACCCCACUUAAUGUAGCAGCAGGGACAGGAAACUGUUGUAUGUUCCAGGACAAACACCGCUCCAUGUUGUUGUUCCAGACAGUGGAGAAAACUGUACUUAACUCUUUGUGUAGAGUUGAGGAUGAACAACACAAGUGUGAGACAGAAGAUGGUUGUGAGGUUCAUAGGAGUUGUGCGUGUAGUCAGUACAUGUCUCAGUUAGUGGAUAAGUAUGGCUUGGAGAUUGAUAAUGUUAGGGUUAAAAUUAGUAAUCCUGACAAAUGGUUAUAUGGAAAUGGAAGGGAGUGGACAAUAUUACACAAGUGUUGUGCGGGAGGUAGCAGGGAGCUUUUAGUUUAUUUGUGUGAGAAAUACCCAGCACUAACCACAGUUGUAGAAAGCUACGGGUGGACAGUGUUACAUUUGAGUUGUAUGUUUGGACACAGGGAGAAGUGUGUUUAUCUGUGCGAGUCAGUCCCACAAUUAAUCACAAAGUUAGAUAAUGGCGGCCGUCAUUGUCUACAUUUUAUAGCCCUGUAUACAUCAGAUGUAGAAUGGUUCACCUGGUGUGAAACUCGUGUGAAACAAUACAUGGAGUCAUUGGAACUGACGUAUGACAUUACAAAAAUACUGGACAGGGAGGGCAAUUCAGUUUUAGACUUUGCAAAGGAAAUGACAGAGAAAAUGGAAAGAGCGUUGAAAAAACAGACAUUAGAGUCGGGGGAUCCCUACAAAUCUAACAACCCAUUGUAUGAUCAUCUUAAUAAAGUGUUUAGUAAAUAAAAACGCUAUCAUUUGCCCUGGUAAACACAUAUAUUUACUAUAGACUGGCUGUUCCUUCUAAUGUGAUUACAUAAUUAUAAUUAAUAAAUAAUAAUGCAUACAAACAACAACCGAUCAUUGCCGUGCUUUCAAAGGGUGAUACAUGCGCAAACAAAGUAUAGUAUAGCUACUGUAGUCGGAACUCUUCUAACCCAGCGUUAAACCACACACCUCAGAUCUUCACAUGAGGUUACGCGGUCGACGCUCUAACCAACUGAGCUAUUACGGUGUUAGUUAACAUAAUUACACUGUAUAUAUAUAUAGUUCUCUGGUAUGCUGUUGAAAUACCAAUACGAGUUAAAAUUUUUAGUUAACUUCACAUAAGAUUUACUUUCUGUAGUGUUUCAUAUUGAGGUGUCUGAGAAAAAUAAGAUAAAAAAAUCAGAUUUCAAAUUAUGAAAUAAGUUAUAUUGCCUGGCAAACAUUGUGGGAUUGUUUUGGAAAUUGUUUUUAUUCUUGAAAAUACUACUAUCUAGUGUCUAAAAUA